AUGCGCUUCCGCCGAGAUAUAAACUCCCUCGGGACGCGCUCCGGGUCUCGUACAGCUCAAGCUCCCCCCACCGUUCUCCAACCGCACCUCGUCCCAAAACCUAGCAAAAUGCCCAAGGAAGCCAAAGAGCCUCUCUUCUGCUGCGGCACAUCCCAUAAGUCCGCCAACUACCACAAGCGCACCGCCCACCAGCAGCACACCAAAAUUUACUUCAAAGGUCACCCAGAAGCAGGCUUUAUCUUGCGACGCAACCCCGUCACUACGCUUUUUCACUGCCCCAAGUGUGACAAGUCGUGGGCCAUGGCCACACCGAUUCGCAGUCAUAUUUUUAAAAAGUGCGCAGGCUACGCGCAGUAUCGCUCGCUAUCAUCCACGAAAUCGGAGAACGAAGAAGCGGAGAAUGUUCCGCCGUCGCCCAGUCUUCCACGCAAUUCUCACAAAAGCCCUUCGGCGGCGUGUGCGGACAUGGAUACCGAACAUACUGAGGGGAACGUCCCAGAUGGUAGCAACGACGUUUGCAGCCCCGACGUUGACCAAUCUUCGUCGUCAUCUAGUGGCGGUAUCUUGGGGGCUCAGGCUCAGCGUCAGAAGACCGAUACUCCCGGACCUCCUGCAAAUCCUGGUACUACUUUGGAGCAAGUCCUCUGGUUCCCGCCCGUCCUGCGCCCGGCGAUCUGGUCUCCAGUUGAGGCUCCUUACGUGCCCUGUGCGCCGGUCGGCUUGGUUCCCUCUAGCUCUGGUUGUUCCUCUUCUCUGCCGACUCUUACGAGGAGUGCUUCAUGCUCGUCAAAGUCGUCCGGCCACACGCUAGCGAAUACUGCACCUGUGUCCCGGACCGUCGCUGUCAGAUUCAAGUCCGACCCGGAUGAUGCCUUGUCUGUAUCCGCCGAUAAUUCACGCUACGCUCUCGCUCAAAGCAACCCUCUAGCGUCAUCGUCGCAUUCCCCGGUUCAACAUCUUCCUGAGAGGCCCACCGCCGUCCGGAGCUUCCUCGGUCGCCUUCGCCGCCCAAUGGGAGAUGCCGCCCCUCUCUUUUACAAAAUGGGUCUCGUCACCAAAGAGGAUCUGGACUUGAUCUGCACUCUGCCGGAUGCGUGGGACGAAGUCGGGGUCGUGCUACAGGCCGGGGGGCUCACCACGAUAGAAUGGUUGAUGGUAAAGGAGGCGUUCAAGACGAAGGCGAGGGAACUCUCCGGGUAA